GUGACCAGCCCUGCCAUGGGAAACAACAGUUCUCACAAGAGGACCAAAGUGCCCAAGCAGGCCCGUAAAGAGAGGCCGCCCGACAUGGACAAGGCUGGGCGGAAACAGCAGCUCUUCAGCCACCUCAAGCAGAAGAAGCCAAGUGCCAAGAUCGUGCUGCUUUUCCCCUUGGACAAGCGGCAGCAGCUAGCCGAGGUGGCGGCGGGCCCGGGCGCGCGGCCUCGACGGCCAGGCGAGGAUGCGACGGGCGCCCCGGUGGACUCCCCCGCGGCGGCGGCGGCGCCCAUGCUGCGAGGAGCGGGCGACGGUGUGGAUCGGCGCGAGGGCGCACGAGCGAGAGAAAUGAAGAAGAUCUUGGUCCUGCUGCUGCUGCUGGACGCGCGGCUGCAGGAGGAGGGGCGUUCCGCGGCGGGCGCGCCCGGGGGCGGGGCCGGAGCAGGGGGUGCGGCCGGAGCAGGGGGCGCAGCCAAGGGGGAACAGGGCUGGCAGCGGCUGUAUGCACGUCUACUGACCGAGAGCGAGGUGGACCGCGAGGCCAAGCCCGCCGAGGAGCAGCCGCGCAAGCGGCGCCGCUGCCCUCGCCCGCGACCCUGA